AUGGACAAAAUCAAGACCCCCAAGGAAGAACCUCAAGAGAAGACGGAUUCCCAGCCUAUGACUGUUGAAGAUUACCAAAAGAAAUGGGAUCAGAUGCUCCAAGACACAGCAAAACAGAUCGACAAGAUUCGAGAAAAUGAGCUAGCAAGAAGGUCAAAUAAUAAUCAAACCGAGCAGCGUUGA